GUUUGUAUCCCCAAGUCGGAGCGCAUUUUAUAACCAACUUGUCGAUGGCUUCUUUCUAAUGCGUGGGGAGAAUUACAUCCAGUUAUGGUGAUUGCUAUCAUAUAUGAGUAACUAAGUUCAGUCUACUAACAUAGAUGAAUAAUUAGAACUUGGAGUAGUUAAGUGAUGUACUGUUUUUAUCGUUCGUUGGCGUGUGUGACUGCAUAUUUCCUUGAAUUAUGUCAACUAACGAACUAGGUCCUCAAUCUGUUGUUGGAUUAAAAGACAUCUCUUUAGAUAUGAUGGUUAUGCAGGCCAACACAAUGAAAUUAAGUGAUCAGGAAGCUAGUCGUUCGAAUUAUUCUAAAGACGAGCCUUGUUCUAUUCAUGAUUCCUUUAGUAUUGACCGCCAUUCUUCAGAUGAAAAUUCACCUGGUGCCAAAAUGAAAGAAGACCAGUGUGCUGAAGAAAUGACUAUAUCGGGCUCGGCUGGGGACGAUGUUUCACGAGCGUUGAUACAGCGAAGACAACCACUAAUGGAACUAGUUAGUUCCGAAGAAGGUUAUGUUCGGCGUUUGAAACUGGUAAAGGAUUUCUACAUACCGGCUGUUAAUCCUCCAACUACAGCUCAGUCCAAUACAGAAAACAUAGGAGCACCCAGCUCGCUACCUCACAGUGAUUCACAUGCUUCCCCGCCUGUUGCUCCAGAGGAUUUAGCAGCUCGAUGGAGAAUCAUAUGGGGAAACUGGAUUCAGUUAUAUGAAUGGCAUUCGGCGUUCCUUGAAAAGCUAGUUAGCGUUGUGGAAAGUGAUCCUGAUCGCAUACCAAAGCUUUUUAUUGACUCUCGAGCUCGUUUAAGGUCUAUAUACUCGAAAUAUUGUGAAAAUCACCGAAAGGCAGCUUUAAUUGCAGAGCAGUACCGGGAUUUUUUUGAGGAGUUGCGCAUUUUUAUUGGCGACAAAGAGGACGUUGUCUCACACCUAAUGCAACCAGUACAGCGUAUAAUGCGCUACCAACUCCCUAUUGCAGAGAUUCUUAAGUACACUCAACGUGCCUGUUCACCUGAUCUUUUAUUGUGGAAAAAGACUUUGGAGAUUAUGAAGGAAAUCCCAAAGGAUACGCAACUGAUUUUGGAAGCUGCUCGUAUAGAUGGCUUCCCUGGAGUAAUAACCGCUUUGGGAAACAUAUUAUUACGCAGUGAUCUGUUAGUAGCAACUACUACUCGUGAGCAGUUGUUAGAAACUGUCACUGCCUAUAAAAUGGCUCUUCAAAAUGUCAACAGUGGUGUUUUUUCUGAAACCAAUACAUCACUUAACAAAAUCCCUUCUCAUGUUGGGCGAUCUGGAGUAAAUACGGGUCCAUCACUUUCUACAGACACUUCAGCCACAAUGUGUUCGUCCUCUGCUACACCAAAUAGUUUGGGAUUACCUUCUCCUGUUGAAGGCCUUAAUUCUGUUAUCUCAGAAGGAAAUGGACUUUUUACAGGAAAUCUAAAGUUUGUAGAAUCACGGUUGUUUUUAUUCGAGCAAAUGCUACUCGUAACAGAAGAAGUUAAACCAAAGCGUCGCGUAGCUACCAGUGAUACAUUUUCCCAGUCUACUUAUCAGUUUAAAGCUGCAAUAAAUGUCAACAAAAUGCGUUAUGAGUCUCAUUGGUACAAUUGUACUCUUUCGAGUGGUCACAUAAAUUCAGAAGCUGCAACUAUUGAUAAUCUUUUGUGCAGUGGCUAUUCACCUGACGAUCUGCGGUUUGCAAUUUUAGACCAAACUCCUGGAAAAGACUUCGUCUAUGUUAUUGAUCCUAUUAGCUGUUCAAAUAGAGAAGCAUGGGUUGUACAGUUGCGUGAUAUUCAGCAUAUGCAGCACGAAUUUUUGCUUGCUCUCCAAGAUCCAAGGAAAUUCAACACUAGCACUCGGGAUGAAGGAUGGGCUAAGGAUUCAUUAACACAUGAACUUACGUCAACUUUUAGUACAGAUCAAUCUGUACGAACUGAUGCUCAGUUAUCUAUAUCCAUAUCUCCAUGUAAUCAAGCAAGUCAACAACCACAUAAAAAGUGGCCAAGCUUUACAAUGAAACGCCCAGUUAGAUUAGGUUCUAACUCAUCUUCCAUAGGCACAAAAGAGACUGGAACAGGAAGACAGUCUUCCGCUUCACGCCCAAUUAUUCCUCUUAAAUCAGGAUCUCAAGAUCGACCAGUUUGUCUUGCUCGGUCUUUAUCUGCCGAGCGUCAAUUUUCGAAUCGCGAAAAACUUGUAGAUUCGAAGUUCCUAACUUGUGAUGAUCAAACUGAUGAUGUGUGUGACACAUCAGUUUACCGCAAAUCUUCUCAAAGUGCAAAUAGCUCCUUAAAGCUGACUAAUCAAUCUGUUAGCUCAAAACUAUCAGAUAAUAUUUUACAAAAUGAAACUACUCCACAUUUAAAAGGUGGAUUGUUGAAGAAAAGAAAUGCUCUUGUAAACUUCUUUAGUCGUGGCAAACCCAAGCACAGGGAUAAACACCACCAAAGUCAGCAUCAGUUAGUUGUGCCAUCAGGAUUACAGUCUAAAUUAGAACAUGAAGCUGUUCCUGACUGUACAUUUCCUAAUUCCGAUGACCAUGUUUGUAAUUCUGAGGUAAAUUUAGGAGACAAUCCAAUCAUAUCAACUGAUAAUAUACCCAAUGUUAAACCUCAUGCUUUGGAAUAUACAACAGAAUAACGCGGUCUAAAUAAUAAAAAUUUGAGUUUGUAUUUAGUUUAUUAAAAGUAUGAAUCUCUUUCAUCUUUGAGUAUAUUUUACCCAUGUCAUUUUACAAAUGAACCUGUUGAGGAUUAAACUAGAUUUAGCAUUUGAUCUUUGCCAAAGUUCUUCAUAUCCGGUCAAUACUGUUUACUUUCUGUAGUGUAUCGGUAGUGUGAAUUCAUCCGUGUGCAAUACAUGCAAUUCAAACUCUGAUCUUUCAUCACCAAACGCAGUAGCUUUCAAUGAAUAUACGGUUGUAAUCAGCUCAAUAUUCAUAAUUAGUUCUCCAGAUCUAUUUGCCUAUUUAGUUUCUAAUAUGUUAUGUGGUGUUUAUUGUAAUUAUUAUUGCAUUCAACAAAUUCUUAAUGUGUAUUUUUUUCUUUAAUGAACUCUGCAUUGUUUCAUGACCUUCACUAAAAGUUUUCGAUUUUCCAUGUACCCAUGACAUUUGCCAUUUUUCUUUUAACGAUGGGAUUCUUUUUCGUGGUGAUUUUUCUCUUCAUACCUUAUCAAUUCUCUUAAUAAUAGUAAUGAUUAUUAUUAUUAUUGUUACUAUAUCCUGAUGUAAUCACCAAUAAGAACCAUUUACGUGGUUACUAUUAUCAUUAUGAAUUGUAUUUCAGAAACUUGUUUUUUACUUGUAUAUUUAGAUUUUCCCGCGCAAUUAUUACUGUAUGAAUAGAAAACAAAAUUAAACUAUCAGAAUAUUUGUAAUUUACAGCUUGAAUUAAUUCUUUAAAUCAUUUCAUAUUAUAUGUUACUAAAAACCAAAUAAUUGAUUUAAUGACACAUUAUUUACGUACUUAUUAUUUUAUUUAUUUUCGGAAAUAUAUUUCCCUAUUUGUCAUUAUUCUUUCUCUCUGUUCUACAUUGUUUCUUACCGUCUGUUUUUAAUAUAUUAUCUGUGAAUGACAUACACAUCACGUUUUCGUGCAUUUAUGUUCAUGAACAAUACAAUAACAUAGACUAUAGUAUGUAUCAUCAUGAUUACUACCAAUGAAAGGCUGUGUGACAUCUCAAUAAGGCAUUUAAUCAGUCUUCAUUUGUGUCUUAUUAAAUUGUCUUCGAUUACUAGAAAAAAGUUUUUAAUUGCGGUUAUUUUGAAUGUCUUCAUUUAAUCGAUACAUACACAUAUAUUCUUUAUUCUUACAUUUUGUGUUAAUUGUUACUUAUUGGAUAUAAUUAGAUGCUUCUGCUAUAACUAUCCCUUCCCACCCAUGUUGAUUCUUCCACUUGUUUGCAUAUACGGCGGUGUUUGCCUUUAGUCUUUUUUAUAGCAUAAUAUAUUCUGAUAUAAAAGACACUUGGUUGUUUUGUUCCUUGCUGUAAUAACAUUGAACUGUAGUUAACAUCUUAGUGUUUUGAAUAAGGCCUUCAUUCAAAAAAUAUAUUCACGACUAACUCACUUCCAUGAGAUACCUUUAUUCGAGUGAUAUUUUCCUUUAGCCAGAACCUAGUUCUUAUCUCUUAAUCGCAGUUUAGAGAAUUGAAGUCAGUUAAAUACAGUAAGUUAUUUCCUUAUAGUUAAUAAAUUUAAUACUGGUUCAUUCUGAUUGAUCCGUCGUUUUAAUUAUUCCUAAGUUUUGCACAUAGUAUCAGUUUGACGUUGGUACAGAUGAAUACCUAGGAUAAAUGAUGAAUGACCUCUCUCAUAUUCUCAGUGAAAUCGUUAACGAUAUUUUCUAAAUACAUGUAUAAAAAUCACACCAGAAUUUUGUUUUUCUUUCCACAGCAAAGAUUGAUUUAACCAAUAAAUGUUACGCAACAUAUUCGAAUGUGCAAACAGAAAGUAUCACACCUUAUGUAUUUCAUUCGAGUAACAAAGUUUUCGGCCAUUUGUUUGUGAUGAACAGGCUAGUGGAUAUAGUAUGCCUGAUCUUGUUACCGUAAAUAGUUUAAUUUGCUUCAAUCAAACUCGUGCACAAAUUACAAACUUUCGUUGUUUAUUUUAUUACUGCAAUGUAGUGUGAGUAUUAUUCUUGAUAUUUCAUAUUGAC